AUGGCAGGUUUUACCAACCUAUUCUGCUUGAAGCUCGGCACUUCCCCUUUAGAGACGUUCACGAACAAGAUUCACGAGGAGGACGAUGACAUCGACGUGCUGCUAUUGACCGCCGUACAGACGCGGCGCGAAGCUAGUUUGCGCAGUGUCCGCCGUGAAGUGCACCAGCAAAUGAUAGAGAGCGCGUGGCGCGGUGCAAUGCGCACACGUCACUACUUGACGGUGUCAUGCAUGGAUGUACCCUGCGUGGCCGUGUGGAUGGCCCUUUACAAGAACGGCCUCGACAAGAACUUCAUAAACGCUACCAGUCUCACGAGAGCUGCCUUCAAAACGCUACUUAGAAGACUCGCGCGCUUCUACCACCUUCCUUCGGGUAGAGGUCGACCCCCGAAGCUACGAUAUUACCAUCAAGAUCUAGGCCUUGUACUUUGCUUCUACGUGGGUUCAAUGGAGAACUCUACACAGUGCAUGCUGUUCGGAGCUCCCCCUAGCACGUUGUCGCGCUCGCUACGCGCGGCCGAAGAAGCGCUAUCGCGUGCCCUUCCGGAAUUCUCUCUUGCACGUAUUUGA